AUAGAGUAAUAGUUACAGUAGUUGCAUUUUAUCUAAUCGCAGCGCCAAGAAAUCGUCUCCGCUGCCCCUCUAGAUAAGUAAGUACAGAUGGAGCUAGCCGUGCUUACAGUAAACUUACACACACACCCCGCGUUUUCAUAUGAAUCGAUUUUUCUAUCCUUGAAAAGUGUUCAGAUUCAAAGAUUCUGCUUACUUACUACCUACUUACUUAGGUAGAGCGGGGUGAAAAUAUCCGAGCAACGAGAAAGAAAAAGUGAAAUUAAACCAACAACAACAUCAUUCAAUCCUCAGCUCCAAAUCCUCAACUACAAAAAAAGACAUAAACAAAAUGUCCGAACCCCUCUCCUCCUACCUCCGCUCUCACUUCCCAUCCUCCUUCCACCGCGCAACCACCCACCCAUUCCUCAUCGCCGCUGGAUCCGGCACGCUCUCCAAAAAGACCCUAUCUCAAUGGCUCUCCCAAGACCGUCUGUACGCCCAAUCCUACGUCCGGUUCAUCGGCCUCCUUCUUUCGAAAAUCGUCUUCCCUCCUCGAAACCCCCGCGUCUCGAAACCCCGCAUCCCGAGCACGGAGGAACGCAUCUUCCACGCCCUCACGGAAGCAUUGGUGAAUAUUCGGCGCGAGUUGCGGUUUUUCGAAGACACAGCGGUGAAAUAUGGAUUGGAUCUAACUGCGGUGCCGGAUCUGGAGGGCGGGGAAGAGGAAGGGAAAGAAGGGUGGAAGGUGUUUGGACCGGGGUUCAUUACGAAGGCGUAUAUUGAUCUGUUCAUGGCGGCGGGGAGUAGUGGGGCGAGUUUGUUGGAGGGGUUGACGGUGUUGUGGGCGACGGAGUGGUGUUAUUUGAGUGCGUGGAGGUUUGCGAGGGGACAUAUGAAGGAAGGGAAGGAUGCGAGGGAGGAUAGGGAUGGGGGGGCGUUGAGGAAGGAGUUUAUUCCGAAUUGGUCGAGUGAUGAGUUUGAGGAGUUUGUGGUGCUGAUUCGCGAUGCGAUGGAUGAGUUGGCGGGGAAGUUGAAGGGGGUUGAGGAGAUUGAGAGGGAGAGGGGGAAGUGUUUGGGCUGGUGGAGGCAGGUGUUGUGGUUGGAAGAGAGGUUCUGGCCGAAUGUUAAGGAGUAGUUAGUAGUUGCAUAAUUAUGAAGAUGAAAAAAAAAAAAAAAAAAAAAAA